AUGGCCGACGACCCGGACUCGUUGGAAGGACCUCUGAUGAGCAUGAAGCCUGAAGAACUGACUUUUGUCAUCACCGGGGAUAUUGAGGCAAUGUGGCUGCGCGACUCUGCAAACCAACUCCAAGCAUACAUCUCGGUUUUGAAACAAGAUGACAGCCAUGACAGCUUGGCUGGUCUAUUCCGCGGAGCUAUAAAUCUACAAGCACGCUACAUUCUCGAAAACGCAUUUUGCAACGCCUUCCAAGCACCGGAUGAGAGCGGUGUUGAACACAAGAGCAGCAUGAACAGCGAUCGCAUCACCCCGUCAUUUGACUACUACAAAGUCUUCUCCUGCCAAUGGGAACUGGACUCCUUGGCCUCUUUUCUGCAGCUCUCCGUCGACUACGUAACCGCCACAAAAGACUACGACUUCUUCGAGAAGAGCAGCAACUGGACCAAAGCCGUUGAACAAGUUUUGAACACGACAGAGAGCAUGACGAUAGAUUCCUACACCGAGGACGGAGAAUGGCAACACACGCCAUACACAUACUGCGCUCCCUACGGCGGCACCCCAAUCAACAACUGCAACGGCAGUCCGCACAAAGGCAACAUCGGCCUCAUACGCUCAUUCCACCGCCCCAGCGACGACGCAUGUACAUACCAAUACCUCAUCCCCUCCAACAUGAUGUUCUCCUCCGCCCUCAACACCUCCUCAACCAUAAUGUCGCGCAUCACCUCCCGCGAGAACCCGCUAGCCGCACGCAUGCAAACCCUCAGCACAGCGAUCAACCGGGGCGUGGAGAAGUACGGUAUUGUUAACGACCCCAACUUCGGCAAGGUGUACGCGUAUGAAGUCGACGGGUACGGCUCGGUGAAUAUCAUGGAUGAUCCUAAUGUGCCUUCGUUGCUUUCGGCGCCGUUUUUGGGGUACACGACGCUGCGCGAUCCCAUAUACCAGAACACGCGUCGGAAGAUCUUGUCGAGGGAUAAUCCGUACUAUGCUGUUGGACCCGUGAUCACUGGUGUGGCGAGUCCGCAUACCUUGCCCGGACGACCGUGGCCCAUGGCGCUUAUCAUGACUAUCCUGACCAGUGAGGAUGACGAUGAGAUCGUUCGGAAUUUGAUGUGGUUGGUGCAGAGUACGGAUGGGCUGGGGCUUAUGCAUGAGAGUGUUCAUGCGAGGGAUAAGGGCGUGUGGAGUCGGCAGUGGUUUAGUUGGGCGAAUGGACUGUUUGGGCAGAUGGUAUUGGAUUUGGAGAAAAGGAAGCCGUGGGUUUUGGGUAUGAGUUUUCAAUAG